AUGGAAGGAGAAGGAAACCAAAGUUUUGCAGCCAGUCAAAUUGCAGUGUUCCAGACUUCUAAUGUGCCAGAAUUUAACCCAAGUGUAGAGGCGUGGAAUGUAUGGAAAGAGCGUCUGGACAUACAUUUUUGUGAAAUAAGCUGCACGGACGACAAUGUGAAAAAGUCGAUUUUAUUAAAAUCAAUUGGUGCCGUGGCUUAUAAAAUGUUGCAUAGUUUAUGCAGUCCAGUGUCCCCUGUGUCAAAAAAAUAUGAGGAGUUGUGCGAGAUAUUGGAUACGCAGUACACCCCACCUACGAUAGUGUUCAGCGAAAGAAAAAAGUUUCAUGUCUCAACAAAAAGUGAUAGUGAAACGGUUGCUGAGUGGUAUGCCAGAGUUAAGACAUUGGCGCUUAAUUGUAAAUUUGGUGCAAACUUGGAUGCUUUUGUUUUAAAUCAGUUUGUGAUGGGCUUGCCACAUUUCAUCUUCGAACGACUGUGUGAAGAGGACGAAAGUCUAACGGUGCAAGUGGCGUUGAAAAAAGCGAUGAUCAUGGAGACGAAAAGCAUAGCAAAAGAGGCAGAGAGGGAGCAAAGUUCUGUGAACUUGGUGCAAAAGCAAAGACUCUCCAACAAGUAUAACGGCAGUGGCGGUGGUGGCAGAGGUUAUGGCAGCAGCGGUAACAGAGGCAGUAACAGCAACAGAGGCAGUGGUAACAGCAGUAACAGAGGCAAUGGUUAUAACAACAACAGAGGCAAUGGCUAUGAAAAUAACAGAAGCGGCAGUCGCGAUAACAGAAUGGAAGUUGAAAAAAAGGCAGCUUGUUCUCAUUGCGGUUGGCGCAACCACAGCUCUCAAGCUUGUAAAUACAAGGAGAGCAAAUGUCAUUCGUGUGGAAGAAAUGGACAUCUGGCUUCUGUGUGUCAUAAUAAAAAGAGAAGUGUGAAUUAUGUAUCUAAUGAUAUUGAUAACAAUGGUGAUGAUUAUGAUAAUGAUGAUUUAUUUAAUUAUUCAAUUUUCAGUGUGGCUGAGCGCAAAUCUAGUGAUGUGUAUUCUCUUCAGGUUGUAAUUGAUGGAGUUGAGCUUAAUGCUGUGUGUGAUACGGGUGCUCCGUGUACGUUGAUGCCUGCUUGUUUUUAUAAGGAGAACAACAUUAAGAAAACACUUCGCCCAUGCAAUAUACCAUAUGUAGACUACAAUGGUGACAAGUUGAAGCUGGUAGGCGAAUACGAUGCGUCGGUGACUUUUCAAGGUAAAAGUAAAUCAGUUGUUGUUGUUGUUGUAAAUUCAUCAAAUCCACCCCUGCUUGGUCGUUCGUUUUUACGAUCGUUUAAUUUUGAGCUGUUGCAAGUUAACAAUAUUGGUUCAAUGGAUUCUAAUGCAACGAUUAUUGAACAAAUUAAAAAUGAAUUUUCUGAGGUUUUUCAAGACAAGUUGGGAGAAUACAAUGUGAGCAAAAUUUCUUUAAAAAUUGCUGAGGAUGCAGCUCCUGUUUUUUGUAAACCAAGACCUUUACCAUUGGCAUGGAAAGGCAAGAUAGAGAAGAAGUUAAGAGACUUAAUAAGUUCUGGUGUUUUGGAGCCGGUUGAUAAUUCCGAUUGGGGAACUCCUUUAGUUCCAAUUUUAAAGCCAAACGGCGAUUUGAGGAUAUGCGGUGACUACAAGGUCACAUUAAACAAAUUUUUAUUGGAUUUUAAAUAUCCCUUACCCAGAAUCGAUGAGAUUUUCGCAUCGUUGGAGGGUGGUGAAGUUUUCACGAAGCUUGAUUUAUCCAAUGCUUACAAUCAGCUUGUUUUGGAUGAAGAGUCUCAAUUUUUAUGCGCAUGGAGUACGCAUAUUGGUACUUUGAAGGUGAAGAGACUACCAUUUGGUGUCAAAACGGCUGCGGCCAUUUUUCAAAAAACAAUGGAAAAUCUUUUAAGAGAUAUUCCCUAUGUUGUUGUUUACCAGGAUGACAUAACCAUCACUGGCAAAAAUAUGCAAGAGCAUAUCAGGACUUUGAAGCGUGUACUUCAAAAACUACAGUCUUCAGGAUUGAAGCUCAAUUUAAACAAAUCAGCAUUUUUUCAAUCUGAAAUUUCCUAUUUGGGAUUUAACAUCGACAAACAUGGAUUAAGAAAGAACAAUGACCGGAUUUCAUCAAUAAUCUCGUGUCCUAUUCCAAAGAAUAUUUCUGAAUUACGAGCUUUUGUGGGCAUGGCAAAUUAUUAUUCGAAAUUUAUUAAUGAUUUUGCAAAAAUCAUGUCUCCACUAUAUAAUUUAUUAAGCAAAGAUGUAGCCUUCGAUUGGUCAGACAAAUGUCAUAAGUCGUUUGAGGAUAUAAAGAAGUCUGUUACUUCAGACCAAAUCUGGGUUCAUUUUAAUCCUGACUUGCCAAUCAUAUUAACUACUGAUGCUUCAAAUAAUGCGGUAGCUGGAAUUUUAUCACACAGGUUCUCUGAAACAACAAAACCGAUAGCAUUUGUAUCCCGAGCUUUGACGAAAAGCGAGAAGAAUUACAGCACUCUUGAGAAAGAAGCCCUAGCCAUUGUGUUUAGUGUUACUAAACUAAGGCAAUAUUUGCUUGGAAACAAAUUAAUUUUAAGAACGGAUCAUCGCCCAUUAUUGGCCAUUUUUGGUAGCGACAAGGGUUUGCCUGUCAUGGCUUCAGCAAGAAUGCAACGAUGGGCAUUAAUUCUUUCUGGAUUUAAUUAUACCAUAGAAUAUGUGAAAGGAAUUAAGAAUGAAGCAGAUAGCAUUUCAAGGAUGCCUCAAAAAGAAUUUCAAUCUGAUAAUGUUGAAAAUUCUUACAUAAAUUUUAUUGAAGCCAAUGAAGCAGGUUUUAAAAUCGAUUUUAAAGAUAUUUCUCGUGAAACGAGACGAGACCCGAUUUUGUCAAGAGUUGUGGACUGUAUCUCCAACGGCACACUCAAUAAUAUUGCUGGUGCCAAUUUCACACCAUUUCGGGAAAAGUAUACCCAACUAACCGUUGAAUAUGGUUGUAUUUUAUGGGGUUAUCGAACAAUAAUACCUGAUAAAUUAAAAGAAAAAGUUCUAAAUGAACUUCAUCGUUCUCAUUUGGGGAUUGUCAAAACCAAAGCCCUUGCAAGGUCAUACAUAUGGUGGCCAGGCCUUGACAAAGACAUUGAGAACUUAAUUAAGAACUGUCUACCGUGCCAAAAACUACAAUCCAGUCCUGAGAAAAGCAGUUUAAUACCAUGGGUGCCAAAUGAUUCGGUAUGGAGCCGAAUACAUAUUGAUUUUGCUGGUCCGAUAAGAAAUUUUUACUUUUUAAUCGUCAUCGAUUCAUUUUCAAAAUUUGUUGAAGUUUUCAAGACUAAAGAUAUGACGACAGCAUUCACCGUCUCAAGGUUAAGAGAACUGUUUUCACGUUAUGGUAUUGUCGACACACUUGUAAGUGACAAUGGCACACAAUUCACUUCACAUGAUUUUGAAACUUUUUUGUCCUUGAAUGGAAUUAAACACAUCUUAACUGCACCUGGACAUCCAUCAACUAAUGGCCAAGCUGAGAACUUCGUUAAAACGUUUAAAAAAUCCAUAUAUGCUAACUUGGAGCAAAAUAAAGAUGCCAAUUUAGACCAAAUUUUAUACCGAUUUUUAAUGGACUAUCGCAACAUGACCCAUUGUAGCACUGGUGAAUGUCCAGCAAAGAUUUUCUUUGGCAGAAAACUAAAAACCCGGUUUAGUCUUUUAAAACCACCAACGACUACGGAAAAGAUAAUAAAUGCACAAGAAAACAACGUUCGAAACCACAAAGGUAAUCGAAAUAUUCAAUUUACAGAAGGUCAGAAGGUAAUGGUACGUGAUUACCGUAAUCCUAACAAAUCCAGUUGGGCACAAGCAAAGAUAAAACAACAACUUGGACCUCAAUCGUAUUCGUGCAUUUUAUCACACAACAACUAUAUCAUUAAACGCCAUCUAGAUCAGAUAAGAGGUCAACAACAAAAACAACAACAAAUCGUCGAUUUGCAAGCACCUACAACAAAUACCUUGUCUUCAGAUGGUCCACAGCAGAUGCAAACGACUGAAGAUAUUUCACACACUAGAAGAGAACUCAGACCACGAGAGGGAGGAAGAGUAGUAAGAAAACCGGAUUCAGGUACAAACAGCAAUUUAGAUACCAAUUGA